UGUUCUGCUAUAAAGAAUAUCUUUAAAGCACCCGCAGAAGCCACAGCGACUCCUAUCACUGUCUCACGUACGUAUGAAAUUGGUGGGGAUGCUCAUAAUCAAUGCAGGCUGACAGCCCAGAGUACCCGCAGGAUCAACAAAGUAUUUCCAAAACGUAUUAGAAGGUAAGUAUUGAGGGUUUUUUCUUUUCCUUUUUUUUUUCUCUUUUUGGUGGUGUGUGGUUUGGGGUUUUUUACGGGGUUGGGUUUGUUUGGAGGGGUAGGUGGGAGGUGUGUCGGAGGUUUUCUACAGUGCUGAGUGAACCACAGGCGUUUUCCAGAUUCUAUGAAACUUUUAUUCCAGGGAAAGGCUGUACCCGUAUGCAGCGGAAUCCCCGGCCCCUCACAAAGGUCCCAUCGCUCUCCCUCACACAGAUUUGGUUGAACCGUGGAACCCCGAAGGAUGCACACACCUCCCCCACCACCACUCCCGUGCCUUUCCCGCAGCCACCCCAGAGCCCCGCCGGGAAGGAUAUGAGGAGCCGGGGCAGCACGGCGGGCAGCUCCCGGCGGCAGAGCUCCCAGUCCCAGCCGCCCAGCUCCCGCAGGAGCAGCUCGGGGUCCGCCGGGGACAUGGCGGGGGCGCCGCCUCAGCGCGGACGGCGGGAAAGCGCCGCGCUCCCACAAGGCCCCGCGCCCAGGAAGCGGAAGCGGCUCCACGUGGGAGAAGCGGAGCAGGGCUGGAGCGGCGGCCGCGGUGCGUGCGGGCACGGGGCGGGGAAACGGCACGGGAAACGGCACGGGAAACGGCACGGGAAACGCUCCCGGAGCCCCUCACCCGGAACCCCUCACCCGGAGUCCCUCACCCGGCCCUCUGGGUUUGCGCCCCUUGAAACGCUGGGUCUGAAAUGCGAGCUUUAGCGGAGUUGGCAGCUGUCCUAACUCCCUUCACUGUACCUAUGAACGGUUAAGAUUGGAAGGGAGCUCUGGAGAUCAUCUGGUCCAAGCCGCCUGCCAAGGCGACGCCACCCAGAGCUGGUGACACAGCGACGCGCCCAGGUGGAUUUGGAAUGUUUCCAGAGAGGGAGACUCCACGACUUCCCGGGGGAGCCCGCAGCAAUGCACCUGGCUCUUGGCAAGACAUCUGAUACUGCACCAGCGAAAUACUCUGUCCUGCAACAAUACCUUCAUAAAAGCUGGCUGUAAUACAUUAAGCUUUUAAAAAACUAUUAUUCCUGAAAAUGGAUUUUCGAUUUGAUUUUGCUGUUGAUGAAAAUGAGAACAGUGAGGCAGAUGGUGACUUCUUACUGCUGUAUUCUCCAAACCACAAGCAGGAGUCCAGAGAAAAGAGCAGAGAAACUGCCGGUCCUGCAGCAGACUGCAGCCCGAAGCUGGCUGCUGCCGAGCACCGGGAUGAGGCAGCUUCCAAGAAAAACCUCUGUGUGAAAGCUGCCAAGGAGCACAGCAUUCCAGAAGAUCUCAACAAAGUAUUGGAAAAUAAAGUCAUGGAAACAGUAUUGGACCUGUCUCAUGUGAAGCUGUCUGUAGUGGAGAUGACGUGUUCAGGUGACACUGACAGUGAAGGCAUCGUGUCCAAGAGUGUUUCUUCUCACUCCGAUCUCAUCCCAGGAGUUUACGAAGGGGGGCUGAAAAUCUGGGAAUGCACCUUUGAUCUCAUGGACUACUUUUCCGAGGCUGGAGUAGAGUUUACCAACAAGACUGUGUUGGAUCUUGGCUGCGGAGCUGGAUUGCUGGGAAUUGUGGCUUUACAGGGUGACGCUGCCAGAGUCCAUUUUCAGGACUACAACAGCACCGUGAUUGAUGAAAUAACCUUGCCUAACGUGGUGGCCAACUGCACCGGUGAAGGCAGGAGGGUGGGCAGGGGGGAGGACACAAAAGCCAGCCAGCCUCCUUCAAAGAGGCCCAGGAAAGCACAGGGCUCACCUGAUGUGCUCAGCAGGUGCAGAUUUUUUUCUGGAGAGUGGUCUCAAGUCAGCCAGCUCCUGUUAAACAGCAGCCAACCCUGUUCAAAGUACGAUGUAAUUCUCACCUCUGAGACCAUCUAUAAUCCUGACUACUACAGUGCUCUGCAUGAUACACUGGCUCAGCUCUUGGAGAGAAAUGGCCGUGUGUAUUUGGCAAGCAAAGUGCAUUAUUUUGGAGUUGGUGGUGGUAUCUAUCUCUUUGAGAAAUUCAUUGAGGAGAAAAACGUGUUUAGAACCAGUGUAGUUAAAACAAUUGAUCAGGGUCUGCAGCGAUGCAUUAUGGAAAUUGCCUUUAAAAAUUCCUCUUAAAAUUAAACUACUAAUCUUCAAAAAUAACUCAAAAAUGUUUUAAUCCACAUGUCUCUUCGCUUUUUCCUCUGUUAUUUUUAUUUAACAAAUUAAGGAUGGUGGUUGUUGAAAUGUUUGACAAAUUCUGGUGUCUGACUAGAAGUGAGGGACUCUCCUGAUGUUGACUUUGCACUGCUUAAAGCAGCAUCUGUUUAUGAUAAUUAAUUUAUAUAUAAAGAUUAAGCAAGUCAUUGUCUGCAGCCAGGCUUCCACAUUCUGUCAGCACCAGAACUGUACAUCACAGGAAUGACAUGGAUGACAUGGGAAUGACAUGCAUGACAUAUUGUGGCUGAACAAGACAAAUUUAGUGUGCAAGAGGCUCUUCUCAAGAGUUGGGCAGCAUAACUGCAGCCAGAUUCAGGCAGGGCCCACACACCUCUGAGCUCCGCUGCUUUGCCAGCAGAGGGGGAUGUGAUUGUAUUUAUCACUCGUGCUCUGCUCUGCCGGGGAUCUCAGAAAUCCAUGUAAUAUUUCCAUGUGCAAUGCACACAUGACUUAUUCACAACUUCUAAAGAGUGCAGCAAUAUUAAUUACCGUGGUCUGCAAGUUUUCACAUUCAGAUUCUGUCAUAGGCGAAGAAAAUUUCAGCAAGGAAUUAGAAAAAUCCAUGCUGUUUUAGAAGCUGACUUGAAAGAAUAUCCUACUCAAGAUAAGAUCCUUCUACCAGCCAAUAUGCCUACAAAUGAAAUACUGGAGGAUGAUAAAACUGAGCUUUAGGAGACAAUUGGAAAAGGAGAUAAACUCCCCUGUAAUAGCACAGUUUAAUAGAUUGCUGUACUGGUUUAACAAGGUUUUUCUAGAAAUUAAUUGCCCCAUUUUCAAAACUUGCUGGGGGUACUACUGAACAUCCACACCUCUUAAAUCUUUUCUCAGCAGUUUGGCAGGACUGAAAGCACUCAGAAAAAAGCCUGCAAUACAAGGCACUUUCGUAGGCUGAAGGUAGUGAUGUUGCUGAAGAAAUUGCCUUACCAGAAAUGCAAACAAACCCCCAAAGAACUACAAAUCCUGGUCUUGAGCACUCACUGUCACCAGCAAUUCUAACAAAAAAAGGAAAUCCACUGCAUGUUUUGCCCUGGCCAAAACCAGGCAGAAAGCUAUUAGACAGCUGUUGUCAUCAUGCACUGCUUUAUCAGGUGCCCUUGCAGAAAUACAAACUUGGAGACAGUGAGCACUGCAGUAAACUGGAUGCAAGGAUAUUCAGUGUAGAGCAGAAGGAACAAGUUUGAGGUGGUGGAAAGAAACUUAGUACAGCAGUGACCUAAAUCAGUUUAAUUACACCAAGUUUCCAUCACUGAAGAUGCUGAAAAUCAAUCCCAAGGUUCCUAUUUUGAACCUGCUGCUAUUAAGAGAGAGUUGAAAAGGAUUUCCUGUACUUUACAGAAGAGCCUUCACUGCUGCUUCAGACUAUUUUAAAGGGAUGCUUUGGAAACUACUGAAUUGAGCUUCUCACAGGAUAGGAGAAGGAGGAAAAAAGUCAGUUUUGCUAUGACUGCCACAGUGCUUUGGAAUUUUUCUGCACCAGCUCUGAAACUUAAUAACAGCUGCUGGCUACAGGCUGAGGAGCAAAAAAAGUUUUAGUUUUGGCAAAUCAAGAAGGUACUGUUAAUAGCUUUAUAUUUUUUUCUGUCAAAACAGAGAAGCUGGAAACAAAUGGAUUACCAUUUGUCAUUUUUCAAACUCCUUGUUUCAAAAAGAUUGUUCUACACCUCCCAGUGUAAUGCAGUUCCAGACAACCAUAUCUGAGGUAAUAAGAAAUGUUGACCACUAUGACAAAGAAUAUGGUUAUUAGGAACAAGAAUCUCAUGUCAUUUUGGAUGAAUAAAUGAAGAAGGUACUUAAAUA